AUGAAGCAGAGUGAAGUUGUAUCAGCUGCCCCAAAGGGUUUCUUCACCAUUCCAAAUGCUGCUGCUGGUGCUACAUCAUUGUCCAGCGCCGUUGAGAAUAGUGCCACUUCUGUUCUCACCGCACCCUCAGCCACGACCACGGCAUCCGCUCAGGGCUUCCAGCCUAUUGCACUCUCCUCUAGCGCCUCUCUCGCGACAUCCGCCCUCGAGUCAAGCGUAUCAUCCGCCUUGACGUCUGCAUUGGCAUCUGUCUUGACCUCUGACCUAUCUCAGACACUGGCCACUUCUGAGCUUCUUUCAAACAAUGCCACCGCAGCACUUACUCCUCUGGGUAGCGCCGGGGGAGCAGCAACUGCCACUGCCACUGCUACAGCCGUGAACAGUCCUCUACAGCCCUUGCCUGGGUCUUCCGUCGCGGCCACGGCAUCUCUCCAACCUUUGAACGGUGCAGAAGGGAGCGCCUCGACCACCACGGCCGCCGGCCUCGAGCCCUUGAGCAAUGCAGCAGCAGAUGCCACUAGUACGUCGUUGAAGCCGCUUGGCGGCACCGAGGCGGCCACAUCGCUGCAGCCACUGAGCAGCAUCACCGGAAGCGCGCAGUCGGCAGCAACCACCUUCUUCCAGUCGGGCAGAGCAGGCGCCUCUGGAACCGUGACAGCUACCAACGGGUUCAACUCAGCCGUGGCCAGCUCAGUGCUUACCGCCAAGGCGGCCACGAAUGUCAUGCUGCCUUGGAUGUUGUCGGUAGUGCUUGCUGGUAUCACUGCCUGCCUCCUGCCGUGA